UGGUCUUCAAACGUGAUGGCGGCAGAGACCAUGUUGUCUGGUCAGGAUUCACCGGGAGACACUGCAGGCUGGUGGAGCUAACUGUCUCCUAUGUUCAUCGGAACAGAAGAAGUUGAAAGUGCACAGGAGGAUGUGUUUUCUGUCAGCUUGUCUGUGGCCGUGUCAUCCUGAGACGCAACACCCUCUUUCGGGCUGAUGAAGAUCCGGUCAAGGACAGUCUCAUGGAGAUGCUCCUGAUCAAGUUCAGAGGGUCGUUCGCUCGAGACACCAACGACAUGUAUGCACCGAUGGAUCUGAUCAGACGCCACUACACCGACAGGCAAGACGUCCCCGUUGUCACACGCCAACAGAGACGUGACUUUGACGGUGUCAGGGGGAUUAUGAUGUAAGUGAUUACCAGAUGCUUCCCACCAAAGAUGUUUUGUUCCACAUGGACGGUGGAAUAUUCAAUCUGGGUUCUGUGAUGAAAUUCUCGCCCAUAUCCAUUCUGCUUCGGGGGGAGACAACCGAGAGUGGAUGUGGACAGGAAGAUGAUGGGAAGGGCAUCAGGAAUGAUGUUAACAGGAGACGGAGGAGUCGUGUCGAUGAAGGUGAUGCCGACAAGGAAGUCGAACACAAUUAUGUCAGGAGUGAAAGAAGGGACAAAGAUUGGAACAAGGGAGGGAAAGGUGAUAACAGGAAUGGUCACAGGGUAAGGAGAAGUGCUGCUGAUAAAGAUGACAAUGGUCCAGACGAUAAAGAUGGUGAGGAAGACGAUAAAGUAGAUGACACAAAUGAUAGUGCAACUGAUAAUAAGGAUGAAAAUGGUCGUGAUUAUAAUGAUGACAAAGCUUCAGAUGAUAAAGAUUGUGAUGAAGAUGAUAAAAGUGAUUGGAAAAAUCGUGUAAAAAGAAGUGAUGAUGACGAUAAAGAUGACAAUGGCCAAAACGAUAAAGAUGACAAUGGCCAAGACGAUAAGGAUGACCAAAAUCAAGAUAAAGAUGAUGACCGAAAUGGUAAAAGGAGAAAGAGAAAUGUUGAUAAGGAUGACAAUGGUCCAGAUGAUAAGGAUGACAAUGGUCCAGAUGAUAAGGAUGACAAUGGUCCAGAUGAUAAAGAUGACAAUGGUCCAGAUGAUAAGGAUGACAAUGGUCCAGAUGAUAAAGAUGACAAUGGUCCAGAGGAUAAAGAUGACAAUGGUCCAGAGGAUAAAGAUGACAAUGGUCCAGACGAUAAAGAUGACAAUGGUCCAGAGGAUAAAGAUGACAAUGGUCCAGAGGAUAAAGAUGACAAUGGUCCAGAGGAUAAAGAUGACAAUGGUCCAGACGAUAAAGAUGACAAUGGUCCAGACGAUAAAGAUGACAAUGGUCCAGACGAUAAAGAUGACAAUGGUCCAGAGGAUAAAGAUGACAAUGGUCCAGACGAUAAAGAUGACAAUGGUCCAGACGAUAAAGAUGACAAUGGUCCAGACGAUAAAGAUGACAAUGGUCCAGAGGAUAAAGAUGACAAUGGUCCAGAGGAUAAAGAUGACAAUGGUCCAGACGAUAAAGAUGACAAUGGUCCAGAGGAUAAAGAUGGUAAAAGGAGAAAGAGGAGUGCUGCUGAUGAUAAAGAUGAAGACGAUAAAAGUGAUGACAAAAAUGAACAAAAAAAGAGAACUGCUGAUGAUGGUAAGAGUCGAGAUGAUGAAGAUUGUCAAGAUGACAGGGUCAAAAGAAGUGCAACUGAUGAUAAAGACGACAAAGGUGAUGACAGGAGUGAUAACAAGAGAAACAGAAGUGCCACCGAUGACAGUCUAGAUGAUAAAGAUUGUGAUGAAAACAAUAAAAGUGAAUAGAAAAUAGAAAUGAUUAACAAGGAAACACAGAAGUUCUGUGGAUGAUAAUUGUAAGGACGCUGAAGACAAAUAUAAAAGUAUAGGAGAGCAAUGGGCUGCUAUGGGGUAAGAAGCCCAUGAAGAAUAUAUUCAGACGCUGUCUUAUGGAACCAGUCCCGUGACAGGGAAACCAUGUAAACAUUCUUGCCAUGCAGUCCCCAUGUAAACAUUUACUGUCUGUUUACUGAUAAACACGUCAACAAUG